UCAAUCAGAAGAGAUUAGAGACUGGACUGGACGUGUCCACUCUGAGGGCCUCUGAAAGUAGGCACUGCAUCUGCGCUUCUGGUGUCCCGCCCUCAGGUGACUCGAGAUUGAUUUUUCUCGGUUCGUUAGUUCUGAAAUCCCCGGGCUGUAAAAUGUCUGGGUCCAGAAUGAAACUCUGAUCCGCAGAAGCUUUCCUCGCCCUGCACUCUCACCCCUGCUGGUGUCUGGAAGCGGGCAGACUGGAUGAUUCUAAAGAGUUUGAGGUUGUGUAACUAUCCAGAAACACACGAUAAGAGUCCUCUUUCAGCAAGUAUUCUCGAUUAAGUCAUGAAAAUGGAAUUGGAGCUUGUUUUUCCCCUUUGUAUGUGCUGUAUUGGUUUUGCCAUACAUUGACAUGAAUCAGCCACGGGCGUACUUGAGUUACCUCCCCCUUUUGAAAAUCAGGUCUCCAUGUGCUGGUCCUGUGCUGUGUCUGCACCUCUCCUGGCUCCCUCAGCAACUCAAAGACGGACGGACAGCAACGGUUUAGCAGAUUUCAUCCGCGGCAAGGAUAUCGGCUUACUCAGUGUCCCUAGAACCUACUACAGUAACUAGAAUUUCAGAGGCAUCCUAUUUUUAGGAAUCUAAACACUCAAAGUUUGGUGUUUUGGUUGUUCUAUUCAUGCUUUAAAACUCUGAAAUGAGAAUUUUAUACAUAUAUAUGUAUAUGUAUAUGUCUGAAGAUAAAUUCAUUUUACACUGCAUUAGAAUCCUGAAUUGACCAAAACAACACUCCUCCAUCCGACCACAUGCCACACCUGCUGAACACCCUUCUGAGUUUCCUUCUUGUGGCUGUAGAUGGUAUUUUCUGGAAAUUCACCUGGAGACAUAAUGGGGCACUAGUUUUCCUGCUGGGACUCAGAUGGAGCCAAAUUUGAAUUGUUUGGUGCGAAGGAGGGAGAGCAAAAGUGUGAGGGCCUGAAGGAACCUGAGAAGAAGGUGAUUCGGGAUAUGGAGGAAGAGAAAGGGAGUGAGGUUUCCAGCUCAGUCCCUUGAGGGCCCCCCUUUCUGUGCCCCCACAACUGGAGUCCCUCUGUUCCCUCCUUUUCCCCUCUAGGGCCGAAUUCUCUCAGAACCUGGCCCCUCGUCUACUAGCAAAAUCUAACCUGCACUUCUCCCUUCAUCAGCCCCUGAAAUUUAAGCCAGAAGGACAAGAGAAUUUCAGGAGAAACAGCUUCUAAAGACAAAGCAGUAGAUGAUGACGGCCAAAUCUCAUAUUUCAAUAAAACCCUGGCCACUGAGAUAAUUCGAAAGAAUUAUAGGAAUGCCAACAUUAUUUCUUUGCCCAAAGAUUGCCAUCAUUUCUAAGGGAUGAAGAAAAAGUGGGACAAAGUUCCCACCAGUGACAACCCUUGAAGGCAUCUAGAAUGCAUUCUCUUACAUUCUCUUUUCUCAUCUUUUCCCUCUUAGCAACAGUGUAGUCUAUCAUUUCCAUUUCAAAGUCACAGACAAAGAAAACAGAAAUCUUACAGAAAGUCUGUUCUCUUUCUCAUCCAUCCACAAAACCAUCCCCUCUAAGCUGCGGGUUCAUCUUUUACUGGAACAUUCUGCUCCUUGAACUUAAAGAACAACGUGUGUGUCCUGAGUUUUUUUUUAAUUGACCUCAGAUCAUUUGGGGGUUUUCUUUUGUAUCGAUCACUCCCUCGCCUGCACGGCUCGUCACCGGAAUCUUCCCCAAUCCACUUCUUAGCGUUCCAGCCUCCCAUCACUAGUUGCUCCCUUCUCAGAGGAGCUGACUUCCCUAAUCAGCACAUCUGAAGCUAUGACACCACGUUGCUCCGUCUCCUCUUACCAUGCUUUAUUUUUCUUAAAAGCCUGACUGCAGCCUAGAAUUAAAGAUGUGCUUAAUUUGUUUUCUUUCUCCCCUGCUAGAAUAUCAGCCCUAUAAGAACAAGGAUGUGCUUUGGUCCACAUCUGUGUCCCAGGGCCUGGAACACUGCUGCUAUUUGCGAGUUUCUCAGUAAACAGAUGCUUAAUGAACAAAGCAAUAAAUGGAUUAUUUAAAGUAGAGAUGCAGAGACACUGGAAAGAAUGUCAUAUAAAAACCACAUCAGAAUGAUGUGCAACUGUAUAUGGUAGAAACUGCUUGUUUUAAAGUGACUUUUGUUUUAUUUUUUAGAUAAUAUAAUCGGAGCUUCUCUGUUUACCUGAAAGCCAUCUCAUAGACAAGUUAAAAAUGUGGAAAGAGUUUUAUAAAUGGACGCUGACAUGGACUACGAAAGACCCAACGUGGAAACCAUCAAGUGCGUGGUUGUGGGAGACAAUGCCGUGGGGAAGACACGCUUGAUCUGCGCCAGAGCAUGUAAUACAACGCUGACACAGUACCAGCUGCUGGCUACCCAUGUCCCCACCGUGUGGGCCAUUGACCAGUACCGAGUCUGCCAGGAGGUCUUGGAACGUUCCCGGGAUGUCGUUGAUGAAGUGAGCGUUUCUCUCAGGCUUUGGGACACUUUUGGAGAUCAUCACAAAGACAGGCGUUUUGCAUAUGGCAGGUCCGAUGUUGUGGUCCUCUGUUUUUCGAUCGCUAAUCCCAAUUCCCUAAAUCAUGUGAAAACCAUGUGGUAUCAAGAGAUCAAGCACUUUUGCCCUCGCACACCUGUUGUUCUAGUUGGCUGCCAGCUAGAUCUCCGCUAUGCUGAUCUUGAAGCUGUUAAUAGAGCCAGACGCCCUUUAGCAAGGCCCAUAAAGAGAGGGGAUAUUCUGCCUCCAGAAAAAGGCCGAGAGGUUGCAAAGGAACUGGGUAUACCCUACUAUGAAACAAGUGUGUUUGACCAGUUUGGCAUCAAAGACGUGUUUGACAACGCAAUCCGAGCAGCACUCAUUUCGCGACGGCACUUGCAGUUCUGGAAAUCCCACCUGAAGAAAGUCCAGAAGCCUUUACUUCAGGCACCGUUCCUACCUCCAAAAGCCCCCCCACCGGUCAUCAAAGUUCCAGAAUGUCCCUCCACGGGGACGAACGAAGCUGCCUGUUUACUGGACAAUCCUCUGUGUGCUGAUGUCCUCUUCCUCCUCCAGGACCAGGAGCAGAUCUUUGCACACCGAAUUUACCUCGCUACCUCCUCUUCCAAGUUUUAUGAUCUUUUUUUAAUGGAAUGUGAAGAAACCCCCCACUGGAGUGAAGGAGCUUGUGAGAGAGAGAAGCAAAGCAGGGAUUCCCAGGAGUGGGCACAGAGUCUUGACCCAGAUGAGGAAAGGGAAGAGGGCACCCCAAGGACGCCUCAGGCUGAUCAGUGGACCCCCUCGAGCCAGAACCUGUCCCAACAGGAGACCCCGGGGCUGGACGCCGAGGACCUGGUGGCAGAGACGCAGGCCCUGUCAGGCUGGAGUAAGGGCUUCAUCGGCAUGCACAAGGAGCUGCAGGUCAACCCCGUCUCAAAGCGGCUGGGCCCCAUGACCGUGGUCAGGAUGGACGCGUCCGUCCAGCCAGGCCCUUUCAGGACCCUGCUCCAGUUUCUCUAUACGGGGCAACUGGAUGAAAAGGAAAAAGAUCUGGUGGGCCUGGCUCAGAUCGCAGAGGUCCUGGAGAUGUUUGAUUUGCGGAUGAUGGUGGAAAACAUCAUGAACAAGGAAGCCUUCAUGAACCAGGAGAUCACGAAAGCGUUUCAUGUCCGGAAAGCCAAUCGGAUAAAAGAGUGUCUCAGCAAGGGGACAUUCUCAGAUGUGACGUUUAAGUUGGACGAUGGAGCCAUCAGUGCCCACAAACCGCUGCUGAUCUGUAGCUGCAAGUGGAUGGCUGCUAUGUUCGGGGGGUCAUUUGUCGAAAGCGCCAACAGUGAGGUAUAUCUCCCAAACAUAAACAAGAUGUCAAUGCAGGCAGUACUGGAUUAUCUCUAUACUAAGCAGUUGUCACCUAACUUGGACCUGGACCCACUGGAACUAAUUGCCUUGGCAAACAGAUUUUGCCUGCCACACUUGGUUGCACUUGCAGAACAGCACGCCGUUCAGGAGCUGACCAAGGCCGCCAUGAGUGGUGUGGGCAUUGAUGGGGAAGUUCUCUCUUACUUGGAAUUGGCCCAGUUUCACAAUGCCCACCAGUUGGCCGCCUGGUGUUUGCACCACAUCUGUACCAACUACAACAGUGUGUGUUCCAAGUUCCGCAAGGAAAUCAAAUCGAAAUCUGCAGACAACCAGGAAUACUUUGAGAGGCACCGCUGGCCUCCCGUGUGGUACCUGAAGGAAGAAGACCACUACCAGCGUGUGAAAAGGGAAAGAGAGAAGGAAGACAUUGCACUGAAUAAACAUCACUCGAGAAGAAAGUGGUGCUUCUGGAAUUCAUCUCCAGCGGUCGCCUGAGGCGGAAGAGGAAAAAAAAAUCAGAAAUCUGACACACCACUCUUAAAAGCACUACUGUAAAAUGAGUCUUAUUUUUAGAGAUAACAUGUAGUUCAGGUUUCAGGCACUGAUCUUCCUCCACUUUUGUGCAUUUAUCUUUGUUGGGAUCAAAGCACAAGCUCACCAUCAAUGAGCCUGGACAAAAAGGGAAGCUGACGCUCACUGCAUUCCUUAAACUUAUAUGUAUAUUUUUUGUUAGAAGGCUUAAUAAACUUUAGUCUGUUAUCUCAUUUCUUUUUAUACAAAGGAAAAAAAAAUCCAGCUUUCAUGUUUCAAAUUCCAAAUUGGAAAAUAUUUUUAUAUGGUCUCUUGUAAAUGAAAAUACUGUGUAUUACUUUAUUUUACAGGACACACAUUAACCAUGAAGUCGCCCUGCGAUUCUCUUUGCCCACAAGCAUUAUUACUUAAUUAGAGGGAUAUCCUUUUGUCGUGAAGUAAAGGGUUGGAAUGAAUUCCCCAAAGUACAAGUUAGGGAGUGUUUCAUCUUUGUUCUGCCGAAUAACAUUGGUAUAAUUACCAAGUCAACUCCAAGAAUGUGUAUUUACAAUAUUUGCUGUGUGAGUGCUAGUAAUUAUAUGGUUAUAUGUGCCAUGUAAAAUAUAGUGAUAUCAAAUCUUCUGUUGUUUAAAAUGUCUAGAUUUAAGAGGAUAAUCUUUAUAAUCAUUAGAAGGGCUUAUUAAAUCCCAGCAUUAUCCAGGGCAAACUCUCUGGUGGACCUGAACACGAAAGAUGCCAAGAGCGCUGGUGUGUGGAUUGCUGUGUGAAGAUGCCUGUCUCUCAGUGUUCCUGGACUUGCCAUGUUUCUGCAUGCAGUUUUGCCACUGACUUGAAUUGAGAUGGGCAAGGGUAAGGGUCCCCGGACUCUGUCCCCCUCAUCUGCAGACAUUUCCCCACCAGAAACAGGCUUCCUCAGGUCUCUCACCUGCGGCCAACUUCACUUUGUAAGACCCAUGUUUUUAACUCUUCCCAGGGAAAAUUCACGUUGCUGCAGAAGUAGACCAAGGCAGACCACCCACCCCUGCUGAAAUUCAGUGGGAGGGCCUGUGAAGGCACAAAGCCGGAGGCUGGGUCGUCUAAGGUCACUGCAUUCUCCAACGCAGACGGGAAUUUUACUCCAAAAGUCUAGGAAAUGGUGCUAUUGUGAGUUAGUUCUGACCCUUUGUCAUUCUGAGUUUUCAGUGUUAAAAUAGAAAGUGUUGAGCAGGGGGGCUUUUGAGAGGCCAUCAAUCACUGCUUCUCUGUAAAUUAAAAUGUUACAGCACUCAGAGCAUUUUAAGGCCACAGUUCCAUACCUGUUUUGGGAUGUUGUGUGGUGGAGGCUCGGGCUUAUUCAAUUCGGAGGUCAAUUUACUGAUACUAAAAGCUGUUGAUUUUUUUUUUUUCCUAGCUUUCAGAAGUUAGAAAAGAGACAGCUGAGUCCAAACUCGAAUGUUAACAACCAAAUAUAUUUGAAAAUCUAUCCAGAUUACAGAUAAGCACUUAUUACUGGCAGUGGAUACAUACCAGUUAGCAAAAUUGGGAGAGGCCCAGAAAUGUUAUCACUCUCUCAUGACAAAGGACUGGGCAGUAGAGUAGGAAAGGUUGGGAUGAUUAUAAAUGCAUCUACCUUAAUUUUGGGUCAAUAGGUUGUAAGUCAUGAAUGGAAGGAGAAAGGAGACAGAAUGAGAGGAAGAAUCAGCAUAUAUCCCAUCAUAGAAUGGUAGAAGUUGAGUUUUCGAUGAAUAGUCAGAGUUGAAUUUAUACAACCAAAGCUCCCAUGUGAUUGUAAUCUUGCCAAAAUGUAAUGGACAUAUAAAUGAACCUGGGGUAUAAGCAAUAAUAUCCACUCGUGUUAUCAGCUACUGUAACCAAGUGGCUGGUUCAUUUGGUUGACGCUGAUUAUGGCCUUUAACCAUGGUGGUUUGUUUUGUGUUUUGUUUUUUAUUUCACAAAAAGCCAAUAAAACUGUUUAGCUAUAAAAUGCC